UUCCCUCCAUCCAAUAACAUAACCAAAAUCUAGCUUCUGAUUUGUGAAGAUAAUCUAAACAAACAUGCUACAACUUCAAUACUGGCAUUUGAAUGCCAAAAUUUUCUCCUUUCUAACUCCAAACCGUAACAUCCCGCUCUUUCCCCAAAAUCUCUCACAUUCAUCUUCUUCAGUGAAAAUUAGGAGCACAAGACAUUUGGUGAACAAAUCUGUGUCAGAGAAGUCUUCGAGUUCUUUUGACAUGAGUGCAAUUUGUUUUCGGUGCAGUUUUAACAGAUCAGUGGUGACAAGAAGGAAAAGCAGGUACUAUGAUCUGGCAUUAGGGCUUCUGAUGUUUGUAGUUGGAGUUAAUUCCAGUGAGAGAGAUCUUCUUGAAGCCUUCAAGAGACCAGCAACUAUUUCUGACUCGUCUGAAUCUCAGACUCCAAGAACCAUAAAAAAUGUUGUAAUUCUUGAUAAUGUAAAGGCUGUUGUUGGUCUAGUUGGAGCUGGUUUGGUCUUCAUGGUGGUGGGAGUGGGACCUGCUUCAACUGCUGAAUUGCCGUUGUUGGCCUCAUCUUUGCAAUUGAGUGAACCAGCCAAUGCCUUGUCCUUGCCCACCUGGGUUGUACACAUCUCCAGUGUUGUUGAAUGGAUUACUGCUAUGGCUUUAGUAUGGCAAUAUGGAGAGAAAUUUGGUUAUAAAGCUUGGAAGGGUCUUUCGUGGGGAAUGGUACCCCUACUUGGUGGAGCAUUUUGUGCAUGCACAUGGCAUUUCUUUUAUAAUUCCGAGUCUCUUGAGGUAUUGGUGGCCCUUCAAGCUGCUCUUACAGUGAUAGGUAAUGUUACUAUGUGCUAUGCUGCAUUUCGCAUCUACAAAUCAUCCCAGGACCGCUCUCAAAAUCUCUAAAACUCUUAUAUCAGGACGUAAUCAUGUGCUUCUUAGAACAUAUAUUUCUUGUUAUCAGACCAUUCAUGUAAUGUUGGUGAACCAGAUUACCAGCAGAUUUUUCCGCAUAGAUUAUAUUUGUUUAGCUUUUCCAGGAAAAAAGAAGUGGGAUGGUCAAAAUGUCCUUGAUUGAUGAUAGCUGAUUUUUAUGGCUCAAAUCUCAAAAUUGGAUGAUAAUAAAUGCAUCUUUUAUUUA